AUACAAUCUCAGGUGUUGCUAAACUCAUUGAAAGUUCUGGAAUAGCCUGUGUGAUUCUCCCAAAAGGGACAAAAUUAAUAAUUAAAGACGCUUUAUACUCCAGUAAAUCACGGAGAAAUCUUUUGAGCUUUAAAGAUUUGCGUCUAAAUGGUUUUCAUAUUGAAACCAUGUCUGAAAAUCAGAAGGAAUAUUUAUGUCUAACGACAAAUAGAUCUGGCAAUAAAUACAUUUCUGAAAAAAUGCCAGCAUAUUCCUCGGGACUGUAUUAUACAUAUAUCAGUCCAAUUGAGAUAAAUGUGGUAUCUAAAAUUUAUGACCACAAUUCCUUUAUCUUGUGGCAUGACCGUUUAGGUCAUCUAGGCAGCACUAUGAUGCACAAAAUUAUUGAAAAUUCACGUGGACAUUCAUUAACUAAUGUCAAGAUUCCACAAUCAAGUGAUUUUCCGUGCACUGCCUGUUCUCUUGGCAAAUUAAUUAUCAGGCCAUCUUUAUACAAAAUUGGAGUUGAAUCUCCUGCAUUUUUAGAAAGAAUUCAAGGAGAUAUUUGUGGGCCAAUUACCCCUCCGUGUGGACCGUUUCGAUAUUUUAUGGUGCUCAUUGAUGCAUCAACACGUUGGUCACAUGUCAGUCUUUUAUCGACUAGAAAUUUUGCAUUUGCAAAUCUCCUUGCUCAAAUUAUUCGUUUGAGAUCACAAUUUCCGGAUAAUUCGAUAAAGAAAAUCCGACUUGAUAAUGCAGGAGAAUUUACAUCCCAAACUUUUAAUGACUAUUGCAUGUCAAUUGGGAUUGAUGUGGAACAUCCAGUUCCACAUGUACAUACACAAAAUGGUCUUGCCGAAUCCUUAAUUAAGCGAUUACAAUUAAUUGCUAGACCAUUAUUGAUGAAAUCCAGAUUACCAUCAUCUGCAUGGGGAUAUGCUAUAAUGCAUGCUGCAAAUUUAAUUCGGCUUAGGCCAACGGCAUAUCAUAAAUUUUCCCCAUUACAAUUAAUAUCUGGUAAAGAACCAAAUAUAUCACACCUAAAAAUAUUUGGUUGUUCUGUGUAUGUACCAAUUGCUCCACCUUAUCGUACUAAAAUGGGUCCUCAAAGAAGGCUGGGAAUUUAUGUUGGUUUUAAAUCACCCUCAAUUAUUAAUUAUCUAGAACCUAUGACCGGUGACUUAUUCACCGCGCGGUUCGAUGACUGUCAUUUUGAUGAGACAGUAUUCCCAGCCUUAGGGGGAGAUAUUAAAGAAAUGGACCCACGUACGAAAGAUAUUACUUGGAAUGCAACAAAUUUAUCUUUUCUUGAUUCUCGCACAAAUGCUUGUGAACAAGAAAUUCAAAAGAUUAUUCAUUUACAAAAUGUUGCAAACCAAUUGCCUGAUGCUUUCACAGACUCAAAGAAAGUGACAAAGUCACAUGUUCCAGCUAUGAAUGCUCCUUCUCGAAUAGAAAUUCCUGCGGAGAUUAGCGAAAGAACACUUGCUAAUGAAUCUAUGAUACGUAAAAAAACGUGGUAGACCACUUGGUUCAAGAGAUUUGAAACCAAGAAAAUUUAAACAGCAAGUUGUAGUUUGUGAUGCCAAAGAAGUUCAACCUUCUCAAGAAGAAAAUGAACAUUUUGAAAAUAUCGGCCUUGAAGAUAACAUCAACAAUAAUGAUACCUCAAAAGAGGAUCCAAUCACCUUCGAAGAGGUAAAUAUUCCAGAUAAAGAUAGAAACGUCAAUAAUUUUGAAAUUUCAAUUAAUUACGUUUCUAAUGGAAUACAAUGGAAUAGAAAUGAUAUUGAUGUUAAUGAUAUAUUUUCUUAUGCCAUCGCCACAGAUAUAAUGAAUGAACACGAUGACAAUGAGCCUAAAUCUAUUGACGAAUGUCGUCGUAGAAAUGAUUGGCCAAAAUGGAAUGAAGCAAUUCAGGUAGAAUUAAAAUCGCUAGAAAAGCGUAAUGUUUUUGGACCAAUUGUCCAUACGCCAAAAGGCGUAAAACCUGUCGGUUUUAAAUGGGUUUUUGUGCGUAAACGCAACGAGAAAAAUGAAAUCGUUAGAUACAAAGCCCGACUUGUUGCCCAAGGUUUUUCUCAAAUGCCAGGAAUCGAUUAUGAGGAGACGUAUUCUCCAGUAGUUGAUGCUACAACUUUAAGAUUUUUAAUUGGCAUGUCUGUUUUUGAAAGGCUGCAAAUGCGCCUAAUGGAUGUGGUGACCGCAUAUUUAUACGGUUCACUCGAUACAGACAUAUAUAUGAGAAUUCCUGGAGGCUUUAAAAUACCUGAUGCUUAUAGCUCGAAAUCUCGAGAUUUAUUUUCCAUAAAAUUGCAAAAGUCAUUAUAUGGAUUAAAACAAUCUGGACGCAUGUGGUAUAACCGUCUCAGUAAAUAUUUGAUUAAAGAAGGGUAUAAAAAUGAUCCUAUUAGUCCAUGUGUUUUCAUUCAGCGAUCCGAAUCAGGAUUCGCCAUAAUUGCAGUUGAUG